GCAACCCAGAGAGACUCUGAUCCCAGCACAGCCUUGGACUUAUUUCAAGGGAAAUUAACCCGGAAACCUCUCCACAAGGCUGUGGUCCCGAGCGUAUGCCCCUGGAAAAGCUAGGGAUGAGCACCUCCCUGAGCUAUAAGUCCUUCUCCAAAGAGCAACAAACUAUGGACAACCUGGAGAAACAGCUGAUCUGCCCCAUCUGCUUGGAGAUGUUCACCAAGCCCGUAGUCAUCCUGCCCUGCCAGCACAACCUCUGUCGGAAAUGUGCCAGUGACAUCUUCCAGGCCUCCAACCCCUACCUGCCGACCAGGGGAGGUACAACUGUGGCGUCGGGAGGCCGCUUCCGCUGUCCCUCCUGCAGGCACGAGGUGGUCCUGGACCGACAUGGUGUCUAUGGGCUGCAGAGAAACCUGCUGGUGGAGAACAUCAUCGACAUCUACAAGCAGGAGUCCACAAGACCUGAAAGGAAAUGUGACCAGCCAAUGUGCGAAGAGCAUGAAGAUGAGAGAAUUAAUAUCUAUUGUUUGAACUGUGAAAUGCCCACCUGCUCCUUGUGCAAAGUCUUUGGUGCCCACAAAGACUGUCAAGUUGCUCCUCUCACAAGUGUUUACCAGCAGCAGAAGUCCGAGCUGAGUGAUGGCAUCGCAGUCCUGGUGGGGAGCAACGACAGAAUGCAAGGAAUAGUCACACAGCUGGAGGAGACCUGCAAGUCGGUUGAGGAAUGCUGCAGACGACAGAAAGAACAGUUGUGUGAAAAAUUUGAUUAUCUCUACUCUGUACUGGAAGAAAGGAAGAAUGAGAUGACACAAAUAAUCACUAGAACCCAAGAGGAGAAACUGGAACACGUCCGCUCCCUGAUGAAGAAGUAUGCAGAUCAUUUGGAAGCUGUGUCAAAACUGGUUGAAUCAGGAAUCCAGUUCAUGGAAGAACCAGAAAUGGCCGUGUUUUUGCAGAAUGCCAAAACAUUGCUACAAAAAAUUACUGAAGCUUCUAAAGGAUUUCAAAUGGAAAAAAUAGAGGAUGGGUAUGAAAUUAUGAACCAAUUCACAGUGAACCUCAGUAGAGAAGAAAAGAUAAUAAGAGAAAUUGAUUUUGACAGAGAGGAGGAGGGAGAAGAAGAAGAGGAGGGCACAGAGGAUGGGGAAGGUUUGGAUGAAGUCCACACAGAGUCAUCUGGGCAGGAGGAUGAGGAGGAAGAGGUGGAGGAGGAAGAGGCUGAGAGAGCAUCACAGCCACCUCAGCAAGACCCUGAACUGCAGAGUGCAGCAGGAGAGCCCCUGGCUGAAUCCACUCCAGUGUCGCUGCCUGCUGCUCCAUCUGGUCAGGAUGUGGUUGUGACACCAGGUGGUUCUCAGCAGACCCCAGAGUCUGACACUCAAAUGCCGGCCACAGCAGAAACCGUGGAUCCCUUGUUUUACCCUAGCUGGUAUAAGUCUCAGUCACGGCAACCAAGCAGUCCAAGCUCAACCCCGGUGAGUGGGUUGGGGAAAGUAGGGACUCCUGUUUCUCUGGAAACAAGUGGAAAGAAGUCAGAAGCCCCAACAGCAGCAACAAUCGAGGAGAGUGCACCAGAGAGUGGUAAGGAAAGUAAUGCCACUGCAGCGACAUCCAAGACUGGUUCUGAACCAUACCCUCAAGGACGAGUGGAGGAAGCUCCUGCGAGCAGUGAGAGGGGUGAUGAGCCGGCUCGUCAUAUCUUCUCCUUCUCCUGGUUGAACUCACUGAAUGAAUGAUGACUCACUCUGCUAGCUUCUGAUGUGCUUCUCCUCGGAGGGACCGUGAGCACAGGCAGCCUGGCUGCAGUCAGCAGAGAAACUGGCCUGGAAAGGGACAUCCGAGCAGGUUUCAUUCCCAGGAACUCAGUUGGCCUCCGCAUCAUUUCCUUGAGAUGACAGACUGAGAGGGAUGGGAGCAUGGGGACAAAUUACUAUCCUGUAUUGUAGUUAAAGUGUUUUCUAAUAAUUUUUUUACUUGCAAGGGGAAAGUAGCAUCACUACAGCUUUAGGCUGAGCACUGCUAGUGUUUUGUUACUCACUUUUGGCACAUCCCCUCAUAGGUGUAAGCCUUUCACCAAUGUUGUUAGCUAAAAUGCUGGUAUGAUACUCACUAGUAGCAUCCUUUGCCAAAA